ACUCUCUCUCUCUCUCUCAAACACGCACGAAGAAGAAACAGAGGAAAUUCCCUUCUCUCUCUCUCUCUCUCUCUCUCUCUCUCUCUCUAAACUAUCUCUCUCUAACAGCUUUUGCAUUGAGAGACGGAUAGGUAUAGCGAGAGAGAUAAUCACGAUGUCGAGAUAGUUUGGAGAUAGAGAGAUUAUCACGAUGUCGGAGGAUGAGAAGUUGUUGAAGGAGGCGAAGAAACUGCCAUGGGAGGAUCGAUUGACGCACAAGUGCUGGAAAGUGAGGAACGAGGCCAACACGGACCUCGCCUCCGUCUGUGAAUCCAUCGCGGAUCCCAAGGACCCGUGCUUGCGAGCGUUCGGGCCGUUCUUUAAGAAGACCAUUGCAGAUUCAAAUGCAUCGGUGCAGGACAAAGCUCUUGAUGCCCUAAUUGCGUAUUUGAAAGCCACGGAUGCUGAUGCUGGAAGAUAUGCGAAGGAAGUAUGCGAUGCAAUUGUUGGGAAAUGCCUGAUGGGUCGACCAAAGACAGUUGAAAAAUCACAGAUGGUGUUAAUGCUUUGGGUAGAGGUGGAGGCUGUGGAUGCUUUCCUGGAUGGUAUGGAGAAAGCUAUAAAAAACAAAGUGGCCAAAGCCGUUGUUCCUGCUAUUGAUGUUAUGUUUCAAGCUUUAAGUGAAUUUGGGGCAAAGAUAGUUCCCCCCAAAAGAAUUCUAAAGAUGCUGCCUGAGCUCUUCGAUCACCAAGACCAACAUGUUCGUGCUUCAUCAAAAGGUUUGACACUUGAGCUUUGUCGUUGGAUUGGGAAAGAACCAGUGAAAUCAAUAUUGUUCGAGAAAAUGCGAGAUACAAUGAAAAAAGAGUUGGAGGCAGAGCUUGUCAAUGUCACUACGACAGCUAGACCAUCUCGCAAAAUAAGAUCGGAGCAGGACAAGGAGCCAAAGCAGGAAAUGGUCUCUGAAGUUGUAGGCUUUGGUCCUUCUAAUGAAUCUGUUUUAGAUGCUCCUCAGGAAAUUGAUGAGUAUGAACUUGUUGAUCCUGUUGAUAUAUUGAAGCCUUUGGAGAAGACAGGAUUUUGGGAUGGAGUGAAAGCUGCCAAGUGGUCAGAGCGAAAGGAGGCUGUGGCCGAGCUAACCAAACUCGCUUCUACAACAAAGAUAGCUCCUGGUGAUUUCACAGAAAUCUGUCGGACUCUUAAGAAGCUUAGUUUAGAUGUGAACAUAGCUGUUGCAGUUGAAGCUAUCCAAGCAAUUGGGAAUCUAGCAAGGGGCCUAAGAAACCAUUUCUCUGGAAAUUCACGCUUGUUAUUGCCCAUUUUGCUUGACAAAUUGAAGGAGAAGAAGCCUACUUUGACGGAGGUACUCACUCAAACUCUCCAAACAAUGCACAAGUCUGGGUGCUUGAAUCUUGUGGACAUUGUUGAAGAUGUCAAGGUAGCGACAAAAAAUAAAGUUCCACUUGUCCGGUCAUUGACUUUAAACUGGCUUACAUGUUGUAUUGAAUCUAGCAACAAGCCUGUUGUCCUCAAAGUGCACAAAGAAUAUGUUUCAAUAUGCAUAGAGUGCCUCAACGAUGUAACUCCAGAAGUGCGGGAUGCAUCCUUUUCUGCCUUGGCAGCAAUCGCUAAGUUGGUUGGCAUGAGGCCUCUUGAAAAAUCGUUGGAGAAACUUGAUGAUGUUAGAAGGAAGAAACUUUCGGAAUUGAUUGGGGGCUCUGAAGAUGGUCUAGUUGGUACAACAUUAGUUCAAGCAUCUAGUGGAAGUGUUUCUUCUCUAUUGGCUUCAGAAAGAUUAUUGGCCAAAAGGUCAGCAGCAAGUAUGCUUAGCAGGAAAAAGCCUACUCAGGCAGCUCCUGCCAGUAAAAAUGGAGGGGCUGUAAAGUCAGGUGUCAGUAAGAAAGGAGAUGUGUAUCAGCUGAAAACAUCGAAGCUCGUUGAAACUGAAGAUGCGGAGGGUGCAGCUGCAGUUCCAAAGAAGGCUGUAAAACUAUUUGAAUCCUCAUCAUCAUUGUCUGGUGGUGGGCUUGAAAACCUACCACGUGCUGAUGUCAGCGGAAAGAUUACACCUACUUUACUGAAGGGCUUUGAAAGUCCUGAUCGGAAGGUUCGUCUAGAAUCUAUUGAAGCUGUACAAAAAAUAUUGGAAGAGGCCAACUUACGCAUCCAACCAACGGGAACUGUGGAAUUAUUUGGAGCUCUUAGAGGGCGCCUACAUGACAGGAACAAAAAUUUAGUAAUUGCAACACUGUCUACUGUUGGGGCACUAGCAUCUGCAAUGGGACCAGCAGUUGAGAAGUCUAGCAAGGGUAUACUGGCAGAUGUUUUAAAGUGCCUUGGUGACAAGCAUACGAAAGAAAAAAGUUUGACUACUCUAGAUUCUUGGCUUGCUGCUGUUCAUAUUCAAAAGAUGGUGCCUUACAUUGCUGCUGCUUUAACGGAUAUUAAGCUUGGUGCGGAAGGGCGCAAGGACCUUUUUGAUUGGCUUUCAAAGCAACUUGGUGGACUAAAAGAUGUUACAGACACUGUAGACCUACUGAAACCAACUGCUUCUUCUAUAACGGAUAAAUCGCCAGAUGUUCGUAAAGCAGCAGAAGUUUGUAUUGGUCAAGUUGUUAGAGUUUGUGGGCCAGAAACAGUGACCAAGAACUUGAAAGAUAUUCAAGGACCUGCAUUAGCUAUCGUUCGUGAAUGGCUGCAGCAAAAUGGGGCUUUUCAAGAAACAUUUGAAUUUUCGAAGGCAAUAUUGUCAGAGCCAAUUUUUAAAAGCAGCUCAAAGGUCAGAAAAUCUGCCUCCAAUGGUCCUGGUGAUUGUAUACCUCUGCAUGGUAGCCAGGCUGUUUCUUCGAGAGCGAUUUCAUCAAAGGGCUCAAGGACAAAAUCAAUUAUGUCUGUUCAAGAUAUCAAUAUUCAGUCUCAGCCUUUGUUAACUGUUAAGGAUUCGAACAAGGAGGAAAGGGAGAAAUUGAUUGUUCGCAGGUUUAAAUUUGAAGAGCCACGGUUGGAACAGAUUCAUGAUCUUGAGAAUGAUCUUAAGAUGUAUUUCAGAAAGGAUUUGAGCAGGAGGCUUCUGAGUGCAGAUUUCAAGAAGCAAGUUGAUGGAAUUGAGAUGCUCCAUAAGGCACUGCCUUCGAUGGUAAAGGAAAUAUUUGAAGUACUGGAUAUAGUUCUCAGGUGGUGUGUUCUGCGAUUCUGUGAAUCUAAUAAAGCGUGCCUACUGAAGGUACUUGAGUUUCUGCCUGAUCUCUUUGACACAUUGAGGUGUGAGGGUUGCACAAUGACAGAGGCAGAAGCAGCCGUUUUUCUUCCUUGCUUGAUUGAGAAGUCUGGACACAACAUUGAGAAAGCACGAGAAAAAAUGAGGGGACUGAUAAAGAAAAUCAUCCAUGCAUAUUCAGCAAAAAAAAGUCUGCCUUAUAUCUUGGAGGGUUUGCGUUCCAGAAACCACCGAACCCGUAUUGAAUGCGUGGAUCUUGUUGGAUUCUUGUUUGAUACCCAUGGAGCGGAGAUUGUGGGGCAGUUGAAAUCCUUGCAGACUAUUGCGAGCUUAACAGGAGAAAGAGAUGGUGAAAUUCGGAAAGCUGCAUUAAAUACUCUAGCUAUUGGUUACAAGAUCCUUGGUGAUGACAUAUGGAGAUAUGUCGGGAAGCUGGCAGAUGCUCAAAGGAGCAUCUUAGAUGAUAGAUUUAAGUGGAAGGACCGAGAGAUGGACAAAAGAAAGGAGGGAGAGCCUGGGAAAGCAAGGGCUGUUUUAAAGAGUUCUGUUAGGGUAAAUGGAUCUGAUGUAGCAAAACAAAGUGGUGAAGUUCCGCGGUCUGUAGCUGGUAAAAUCUUUUCAAGGGGGGAUGGUGGACAUUCUGAGAAGCACAUGGAGAAACAUUUUAUUCACAGAACUACUGCUGUUGCAAAUGGCCCCAGAGACUGGAAUGAAGCCCUUGAUAUUAUUGAAUAUGGCUCCCCUGAGCAGUCUGUUGAAGGAAUGAAACUUGUAUUCGUUGAGUUGGAUCAGGCAACCAACAGUCGUGAAUGCAGUGCAACGCGUAAAAUUGUGGAAGGUGCUGAUAGGCUUGUCUCAUGCUUAGUUAAUAAGCUAGCUGAGAUAUUUGACUCAAGUCUCACAGGAGCCUCUUCAAGGUCUUGUAAACUUGUUCUCAAUGUUGUAAUGCAGGUAUUCAAAAGCAAACGGUUUGCUCAUGCUGUGAAGGAGAGUACUCUUGAGAGUCUAAUCACUGAGCUGCUGCUUAGGCUUUUGGAUGAAAGGGUUCCCCAGAUGAAUGAUGGCUGCCAGCUCCUGAAAGCACUGAACGUUUUGAUACUGAAAAUCCUUGAAAAUGCUGAACAAACUGCGUUAUUUCUUGUCCUGAUUAAUCUCUUACAUCCUUUGGACCCCUCAAGGUGGCUAUCGCCAACAUCAAAUGAGUGUAUUGCCACUAGAAAAGAGAAGUUCUCUGAUUUGGUUAUCAAAUGUUUGUUCAGGCUGACAAAAGUUCUUCGAAGUACUGUAUGUGAAGUGGACAUUGAUUGUGUCCUUCAAAGUAUCCACUUAUACUUGCAAGUUCUGGGGAUGGAAGAAAUCCAGAGAAGAGCUGGAGCUAAUGAUAAACCAUUGACUAUGGUUAAAAUCAUUUUACAAGAGCUUGUUAAGCUUGUUGGGCCUGCAAUUAAAGGCCAUCUUUCUAGGGUUCCAAUUGAUAUGGAACCUCAGCCUAUUAUUGUUGCCUUCAUUGAAUCUUAAUCUUCAGACUUUAUCUACUGCAAGAAUGUUGACACCUGGAAACCAACCUGUAGAGAUGCACAAUUGAAGAUAUCAGUGCGAUACAAACGUUAUAAGAGAGAGAAUGAAAAGGAUCGAGUCUGCUGCUGCAGUACGGAUUAGAACAAGCAGCUUAAUUCUUCAGGGAUGCAGCUUGAGGAGGAAGAGCUCAUUUCUUUUGUUUCUCCUGCCAUAAUUAUGCCAAUUCAAUUCUGAUCAUGGAAUGAAGAUGGGACACCCGCGUGUAAUUACAGAGUUGCCGGUGUUAUAGGGGCCGAUGCAAGAAGAGGCACGUGACCACACUGCAAUUUUUGAAAAUUUUGUUCAUACCUCAGGAUUCUCUUACUAAUAUGUUAUCCUUCCCGUAAAACUAUAGAUGUCAAAGAGUUCACAUAUGUUUUUGUUUUCUCUACUGUCUUCUCUUGCAAUUUGCACUUCUAUAUGCUUAAUAUUACAGUAGUGUUUGAUGAAUCGAGGAAGAAAGAUUUCUCCCUGGGUUUAGACCCUUAAUGCCAUACCUUGUUGAAGGCGAUUCUCAAGAGAACUUGAGAAUCACGCACAGUUCCUAUUUGACCAAGAUUUGAAUACC